GGAGCACCAGCAUUGUUAGGGAGGAAAACCACGUCACUGUCAAAAAGUGCAAUCUGGGAGAAAGUUUGAACCACACCAGUUACUUUAUCGGCUUGUCUCCUAGAAGGAUUUAUACUAAGAAUGCAGACUGGAUUUAAGUUAAAUCUGAGCCCUGUUAAAGAGCCACUGGGCUUCAUCAAGCUGGUGGAGUGGUUUGUAGCUCUGUUUGCCUUCGGAUGCUGUGGUGGUUACAGGGGCAGGAAUGUGAUUACCCUGUUUUGUGACGAGGCAAAAAAUGAGACCCUGAAUGUCACAUUCGCAUACCCAUUCAGGUUAAGCCAGGUGCUGUUGGUUAAAGACAACACCACACUGUGUAACCGCACCAUGACCACAACACAUCUGAUUGGGGAUUCUUCGUCCUCUGUUGAGUUCUUUGUGGCCGUGGCUGUCCUGGCGUUCCUCUACUGCAUGAUAGCUCUGCUGGUUUAUGUGGGAUACAUGCACGUGUACCGGGACUCUGACUUCGGCCCAGCAUUUGAUUUUUUGGUGACAGCAGCAUUUGCGUUUCUGUGGCUGGUCUGCUCAUCAGCCUGGGCACAAGGGCUGCAGAAAGUCAAGUAUGCCACUGGGACAGAAGGCAUCUGCACCAGUCUGAAGUCUGAUGUCAACUGUGAGGUCACUGAAUUUUCCAGCAUGCGCACGCUGGAUAUAUCAGUGGUGUUUGGCUUCCUGAACUUGAUCAUCUGGGGUGGUAAUGCCUGGUUUGUUUAUAAGGAGACAUGUUGGCAUUCACAGGCGCGCAACUCUCGACAGGAGGCAGAGCGUGGCCGGGGCCCUAGCCCUAUCUAGAGGCAUCUCCUGGGCAAGCACAUGACCGUAUCAACCCACAAACUCCAUGGACUCUUUUGUUUCAAAUGUGAGUUAGGAAUCUGUGUCAUUUGUAUAAGAAUUUUCUGCUUCUUUUGUCAUCAUACUCAUAUUCUCUAAACUAUAUAAAUAUCUAGCCAACAUACACAGGCUUUUUUUGCUAGUUUGUCUAUUCUUUCAUACAUAUAACCUCAGCAUAGAUUUCUUUACAUAUGUCACUAGUAUUAUGUUGUUUACGAGCAUUUUUUUAAACGCAAUUAGAAAUACUGUUUGUAAAGUUUGUUAUGAAUUAUUUCAGGUUUCAUAUAGGAAUAUAAUUUGAAUAUCUUCCUAGAACGACCAAUCGCUAAUCUACACUAAAUUACCGUGCUGGUAAAAAUGUUUUUUACUCAGCUGUGCAACUUCAGCUCAUGUAGUCGAGCAUUUAACCCAGUUUAACUGAACUGGUGAGUGGGACCAGCAAUGACAAGAUCAGAUCCAGAAAGAACGAAGUACUGUUGCUUUAGGAGGGUAUUUCACACAAAGAAAUACUUUUAUAUUUUCAGCAUUGUGAACUUUUUUUUUUUUAGACUACUUAUAUAUCUGUGAAUGUUUAUGACCUCUAAUGCAUUUUGGUGGCAAUAUCUUUCAUAUUUAAUGAAUAAAACUGAGAUUGAUCUGA